UGACUUUUACCGCGAACCCUCUGUCGAUGGAGUGGCGAAGCUUAUCGCUACUAACAAAAAAGGUCCAGGCUCUCAGAACGCAGUGUCUGUCGACAACAGUUCCACAGGAAUCGCGGGUAGCACUAUUGUGGCCAACAAACAAGGUCCAGGUCCUACGAUCUUCAUGUUUCCCGAGGUCACUGGCUUUGCAUCGGUCUAUGCGACUGCGUUUGAGAACAUCCGAUAUAAACUGGUAGUAUUCGGCGACGAGCAUUGGGGGAAAUCUUUCCGCGAAGGUGAUUCUAUCCAAUUGUUAGCUCGGAAUCUUCUGGAUCAAGUCCGCGAAUUCCAACCGAACGGUCCAUAUUACCUGGCUGGUUGGAGCUUUGGUGGAUAUCUAGCAUUCGAGAUAGCUAGACAGAUGCAAGAAGUGGGGGAAGACAUAGCUAUCCUGAUGAUGUUUGACUCCUUCUGCAGGUCCACGAGGACAAGUCGGCAUGGAUUCAACAGUUCAACAGGAUUCGAACCUUGAUAUCAAGAUAUGAGGCUCCGAUGGAGGCGUAUAUGGGUAAAUCUGUGUUGGU